UUUACUGAUUUAUUACUGCUUUAUUACACUGUUAAUAGCCUGUUUUGGAUCAGUUAAACCCGUGUCAAACAUUUGGACUAGUUUUAACAAUUGGUAGCUCUUUGUUGGUUUUAGAAGACACAAAACACCCACUGUUUUGUGUAGUGUCCUUUUGUUCUUGUGCUCUUAAGCACGGCUCGGUUUUGUGUGGAGACAUUUAUGGAGGCUCCAUCCCGUGAAGUGCUGGAGCGUUGCCGCAAGGCUGACCUACUGCAAAUAGCUGCCAACCUUGCUCUUGACAUCCCAAACCCUGUUCUGAAAAGAGACUUGAAACUGCUUAUUGUGGAGCGUUUAGAGGAAAUGGGGAUUUUACAGACUGAGAAGGAGUCUGGCACAAAGACUGAACCAGAUGGCUCUCCUGCAGAUCCUGCUGGGUGCGACGAUCCUGAAGUCCCUGCUGCUGCGGAGGAUCGCGAGGGUGAGAUGACAGAGACGAGCAAAUCUCCUCUAACACAACGAAAGUCUGCUCCGACCUCCCCAGGUUCACCGACGGAAGGAUCUCGAGACGCACGAUUACAGGUGCGACUGGCCCGUCUGGACAUAGAAAGAGAGGAGAAAGCCCAGGCUAAAAGACUGCAGAUGGAACUGGAGGUUCGGAGGAUGGAGAUCGAAGCUGAAACGGCUGUGAGAAUAAGGAAACUGGAACUAGAAGCCCAGCUUUCAAACCCUGGACUUUACACCACGCCCACCAAAACUCCGCAACCCGCCACAACCCCGGCCUUUGAUAUCAGGGAGACCUCGUUGACUCCCGGUGAUUCGGACAAGCAAAGCAUGGACAUCUUUAGUUAAUUAAUUGAUCUUAACUGGUAAUUUCUAGCUGAGCCCACAGAGUGGUGUUACGGGCUGUGUCCUUGGCUCGCUGCCCGCAACACUGACUAUGUCCUCAGGGCUGCAGCCGUCCAGAUCAGCCACGGGGGGAUCUGCAUGUGUUUUCUCACCAGCAAGUUUCUGGAGGUCCAAAUGGCGUCUUUGAUGGCGGCUAGGGUGAGCCUUUCCUCGUCACUGAGUUUUUCUGGCUUUGCCCUACUCUGGCUCACCCCAUAGAGCACUAGGUGUGCUGUCAGGACCUCCCUUGCUGGCAAGUCCUGGGAGCCGGCUGUUGUCCACAGGUCAAUAACAGCGCUGCACUCCCAAAGGAGGUGCCGUACCAUCUCCGAUGCGCCACAGCCGGAUCGGGGGCAUGCUGCUUUGGCUGCCAUUCCUCUGGAGUGCAUAACAUCCCUGACGGGGAGGAUCCCAUGUGCUACCAACCAUGAAAGGUCCAUCAGUCUGUUUGGGAGACCAGGGAGACCUGCAAGUCCCGCAACAGGAAUCGGGUCACUUCGAGCCUGUACAACAGAGGUUAAAUAACGCUGGUUUAAAAGUGUCCUGGCUUUCAUUUUCCAAACUAAAAUGUGUUAAUGUCUUAAUGACCUCGUAGGCAGGUGGUAACUGAAAAGCUACAGGUACACUCAAAUUAAUUGGUACCAAUUUUAAUUUAUGGAGGUAUGAACCCAUACAAUAGUAAGUCAUUGCACGUGUCUUUACACCGCCCUGUUCCAUCAUUACUACUCGCAUGUGGGUGCAGGUGUAAUGUGCUCCCAGACACAAAUAUAGGUCUGGAACCCCCAUGCCUCCUUUUCCUUUAAGUUUCAUUUCUUCUCUCCAGUCUCUCCCAUUUGGAUCCCCAUUAAAAAACUGGAAGAUUGUCUUCUCAAGACUUCUUAUCGUUUUCCUAGAUGGUAAAAACACACUUGAUGCCAAUAAAAACAAAGGGAUCAUCACAGCUUUUAUCAGCACUUUUCCGUUCAGGGUUAGGUCUCUUUGUUUCCACAGGCCUGUUCUCUGUCUCACUUUUGCUGAUAUUUCUGUCCAAUUUACCUCGCCUUUACCUUCUUUAUCAAAUUUAAUCCCUAAUAUCUUUUGUUCAUUUGAGUUUACUUUUGCCUGUGUUCUUUCACUUGCUGUCCAUGGUCCAUACAGCUGUAGUUGUGUUUUGUUCUCAUUUAAUUUGGCCCCAGAUGCUUUCCCAUACUGCUCAGUUGGUAUAAAAGCUGUUUAUAGAUGCCAUGUCAGUACACACGAUAUUAAUGUCGUCCAUAUAUAAAACACAUUUUAGGUCUUGACCUCCACUGCCUGGUAUCCUUUGUCCUGUAAUCCAUUUCUUAUCAUUUGUGCUAAUGGCUCAAUGUAUAUCACGUACAAAAUCGCUGACAGCGGUCACCCUUGUCUCACACCUGACCUGAUGGGUAUUUGUUAGAUGUCCAUUUAGCAGACAUUUACUGUAAACAUUACUAUAUAUUAACUUUAUCCAGUGCUUGCAUCUUUCAGGUAGACCUAUUUUCUCUAAUAACUUGAACAAAAACACAUGUGAAACUCUAUCAAAGGCUUUUUCAAAAUCUAGGUUGGCUAUUAUUAACUUGGUGUUCUCUUUAGCCAUUGCAACAUUGUCCCCUAUAAGGAUGAAACCAUCUGAUCUUUCUCCCUUUAACUGCACACGUCUGGUCUGAAUGUAUAAUUUGUCCUAAAAACGGUUUUAGUCUCGUUGCUAAAAGUCUACUAAAGUUUGCAGUCUGUUUAAAAGCGUAAUCGGUCUCCAGUUCCUCAAGUCCAUUUUGUUGUUCCUUUAUAAAUUCGGGACACGAUUCCACAUCUAAAACUCUCAGGUAGCUGGUCCAAUUGAUCAAAUUCUUUAAAAACCUCCAAGAUAUCUGGUCCCAAAAUCUCUCAAAAUGUCAGAUAAAACUCCAAGGGUAAACAAUCUGCUCCUGGUGAUUUAUCUUUUUUUGAAGGCUUUUAAAUUCUUUUCCAUUUCAAUCAUAUUAAACUCUUGACACAUUUCUUUUCCUUCUCUAAACUCUGUCAUGUCUUUUAAAAUUUCAUUAAACAUUUUCAUCUCUAUCUCCCUUUCAUUGUACAAAUCUUUAUAAAACUCUUAAACAGUCCUCUUUAUUCCUUUCGUGUUUUUCUUGUUUGGUUCUCAGAACUGUUAUCGUAUCUGUUUUACUCAUUAUUUUCCUAAAGAAGUAUUGUGUACAUUUUUCUCCUUCCUCUGCUUCUUUAGUUUUACUUCUUAAAAUCAUACCUUUACUUCUCUCUUUCGACCAUCUCUGUCAUGUCUUUUUAUUUCUUAUUUCACUUGCAAAAUUAAUUCCAUUUUGGUUUAAAACGUAAUACCUUUGCAAUCUUUUUUGCAAUUCUUUUAAGAUUUGUGUUUCUUUGUCCUUUUUUUUUCUUUUGUUGCAGAAAAAGGUUUUUGUUCUUUGUUUAACCAUUUCCCACCACCUAGCUCUGUUUUCAAACAUAUCCUGAAGUGUUUGCCCGUCCUUAUAAACCAUCUCAUAUUCUGCUCUUAUACGGGGGUCUUCUAAAAGUGAGCAAUUUAAUUUCCAUAAACCUCUUCCUGGUACUAGGUCCAAUAGUAUUUUACAUUUGCAUGUUAGCACACAGUGGUCAGAAAAAAAAGCUGGAGUUAGCUGAACAUUCAGAGGUACAGUCUCUUGCCAGUAAGUAGUCAAUUCUUGACGCUUUGGAGCCAUCGUCACUGCUCCAUGUAAAGCCUUCCUUUUCUGGUUGCAAGCUUUUAAAACAAUCUAUCAAUUUAAAAUCUUGUGUUAUCUUUCUCAAUAAAUGUGAGGUUUUAUCAAGUUUUAAAAUCUUCCCCGCACCCUUUCCUGUCUUUACUAUUCAUUAAACAAUUAAAAUCUCCUACAAUUAUUGGCAUCUUCUCAAGCAAAUGUUCUUGUAAGCUUUCUAACAAAUCCCAUCUUUCAUUUUUGCUAUUUGGUGCAUAAAUAUUUAGAAUUUUGAAAUUUUGUCCUAAAUAGGUUAGUACUGCUAUAAGUGCUCUACCAUCUUUUAUCACUUUACUCUCUUUUAUUACCCUUGGAUUGUUUAUUAAGAUUGCUACACCAUCAUUUUUAUUUUCAUUUGACCCACUCCAGAUUGAAGGAUAUGACCACGACUCUUGCUACCAAUGAUAGCUUUUAAGAAAUUGUAGAUUACAUUCUUGCAGCAAUAAAACCUCAUUUCUCGGAUGUUUUAGAGAUGUUAAAACCGUUUGGGCCCUUAAUUUUGUCUUAAUACCCCUCACAUUAAUUGUUGAGAUUGUGAGGGACAUGAAAAUGAGAAUAAACCACAUUACUCACAUUGUCAUUUUUGCAUACAAUGGCUCUUGCCAUCAUUCAUCCAUUAUCCUUGUCUUUUUCCACGGUGUUCUGUUUUACCCUUUCUCCUUGUUCAAGCUUUUGUACUGGGUUGGUUUCUCCAGAUUUACCUUUUGGAGUAGACUGAUAUGUUAUCGGAAGAAAAGAUGUUUCGUUCGGAAAUUUAUUGACACUUUUCUCUUAACAUUUACAUUCUCUUCACCCAUAUGGGGGGGGGGGGGGAUAAGGGGUAUAACAAGGGUAGAAAGAAAUGCAAUGGCAACAAUAAAACAUCCCAAACAUCAAAAUUCGUCACAGUAGCCAUCUCUCUGGUCCCAUUGUCCCAUCACUCCCUCCACAAGUCGCAGGACGAUGGGGGGUGGGGUCAGCGACCCCACUGCACUCCUGGUCUCCCCUCUUUUUCUUUACCUGCCUCAGCAGAUGGGGAGGGCCUCUGGCCUCUUUUACCAGUCUCCCUUUCAUCGUCAGGCCGCUGCUGCCCUAAUCUUUUUUUCUCUGGACUCCAGCUCCUUCCUCCGUUGGGUGCAUGCGAUUCUUCUUUGCGGCUGUGUUCUUGGCAGGCAGUCCUCUGACAUUUUAUUCUCCACUUGUCAGCUACCAUUCGAACAACAGCCACAAGUUUCUGGAGGUCCAUAUGGCGUCUUUAAGGGCGGCUAAGGUGUGCCAUUGGUCCAGACUUAGCUUUGCUGUUUUGCCAGACUUGGGACACACACCGUACAGCACAGUCUGUGCCGUUAGGAACUCCCUUGCGGGUAAGUACGGGAAUUUUAAGGAGCUGGCCGUUGUCCAUAGAUCCUGGGCAGCGCUUACAGACUCCGGUGCGCCACAUCCGGGCCGGGGGCAUACCGCCGUGGGUGCCAUUCCUCUGGUAUGCAUCACGGCUCUGACUGGGAGAAUACCAUGUACCGUCAACCAUGAUGUGUCCUUUAGACGGUUUGGCAUUCCAGGGCGGAUGAUAUUUUUCCCAACCUCCUCCGCCUCCUCCCCAUCAGCCCUGCGACCGGGAAUGGUAUAUCUCGUGCCUGUACAACAGAGAUCAUUAGACAUUUACUUGAUAAAACUUUCUCAUUUUCGUUUUCUAACUUAAAAUUGUUUAAGAACACCUGAAUUUUCUUGUAUGCACGUGGCAUGUUUAGAGCCAUCGGUACUGUCAAAUCUCUUUCUUUCUUUUUCAAUUUUUGCAAGUAAAAGCCCAUCCAAUAUUAUCAUUGCCAUGUACUUUUCAUUCUCUCCUUUUCCCAGUAUCUGUUUCAUAUGUGUUGCAGUGUAAUGUGCUCCCAGGGAGAGAUAUAUAUCUGGUACGUCUCUUCCCCCUUUUUUUUUUUUUUUUUUUUUAUCGGCUUCUUCAUUUCUGUUUUUCUUAUCCUAUCCCAUUUGGCUCCCCACAUGAAUUGCAUGGUCAGCCUCUCCAGUUCGCCAGUCGUUUUCCUGGAAGGGAAGAACACACUUGCUGCCAACUGGAGCAAGGGGAUGAUUACAGUCUUUAUCACCAGAACCUUUCCUUCUAUGGUCAACUCUCUCUGUUGCCAUAGUCCUACUUUUUGUUGUCCUCUUUCUCCUCUUCCCUAGCUUUAUAUCGUUCCCUUUUCCCUUGCUCUAGCUCUUGUAAUGUGUUGGUUUCUUCAGAAUUAUCUUUUGGACUUGACUGACACAAUAACGGAAGAAAAGAUGUUUCGUUGGGAGAGUCUGAUGGAAAGAUUCUAGUUUCCUGCAAAGAUUCAUCUGAUAACACAUCAUCCCUUCCUCUUUUUCCCUCUGGAAUGGGACUUUGAGGUAAAGAGUCCUCAGCUGGUCUUUUAGCAGUUUGUAUUACUGGUCUCUGUUCUUCUGUUUCCUUCUCCGUAAUUUGUAACACCUGUCCCUGAUGUUCUCCCUGUUUUCCAGUUAAUUGUUUUUCAAGCUCCGCCCCCUUUUCCUCCUCUGUCAUUGGUUCCUCUAGUAACUCACCAAGCUCUUCUGCAGGUGCCUCCACUUCCCUCCUAAUUAAGUCAUCUUGUUUUCCCUUACCCGCCUUAACUUUGUUUGCAAAGGACUUUGGACAGUCUUUAAACAAAUGGUUUUCCAUUCCACACAAGUUACAUUUCCUUCCUUUAUCACACUCUUCAACAGUGUGUCCUAUUUCUCUGCAUUUCCUGCAGAAUGCUUUCUCACAUGCUUCCACCAAAUGUCCAUGCUCCCCACAUUGUCUGCAUAAUUUUGGUUGACCUUGGUAAUGAAUAUAGCCUCUGUUUUCCCCCAACACGAUUACCUGCGGCAGGUGUUUUAAUCCCUGAAAGCUCUCUGGGUCCUCAAACUGUUGGAUUGGUAUCCUCCAUGCACAGUUCCAAAUGCCGUCAAUGUCCCUAACUUUCACUGCUUGCCCUCUUGCAUUACAAAACCUACUCAACCAAAGGCAAAUGUCUUCACCACUCAGUCUUCACCACUCACCAUCUCAUUAAACAUUCUUAACAAUCACUGUUUUCCUGGUAUUGUCAUUCAGUUUCACAAUUUCGAACAUGUUGAACUCCAUUUUUACCUUUUCCAGUCUUGUCCAGAAGUCUUUCCAUAGUAUCUCAGUCUGAAAACUGACAUCGAAUCCUUUGUUGAAAGGCAAGGUCAGGAUGCAAUUUAGGUUGUCUGGCUUGAAUCCCAGCAGCUGUUGGAUCAUCUUCCGUGAAAAAUCCAAACGUGACAUCUUCUCCACCGUUAACCUGAAGAGAAAUUGCACACUGUGGUGCCUCCAUGCAUCAGCGCAAAGCGCCGACAUCACGGAGGCAUCACAGAGUCAAAAAGUCCACAAAAGCUGUCGAAACUUUAAACCAAUUCAAAUUUUAAAUUAUAAUUUUUGGUGCUAGCUAUUGAGAUGACCUGCGCAAGACUACUGAUGUCACCUUGUUUCUGGAUUAUAGGCAUCUCUUUCACAUGGCUUUGAAUAUCCUGGAGUGUAGUAAUGUUGAAUGUUAUGUUCUUGAAUUUUUUCAUUUUAACCUAUUGUUUUUGCCAUCUUUAAAAUGGCUCUGAAUUGUAUUACUUUUUAUAGUGGUUCAUUAAAUGUUAUUGUUUUUA